AUGUCUCCUUUAAAAUACGCUCGUAUCGACAAAUUUCUGCUUAGCUUGACAUACUUCGGUCUUGCUCUGCAGGGCGCUUACAGCAUUCGGUUGUAUCGCAACUAUCAAUCCUUGAACACUGGAUACAACAAGAAGCGGUGGGCUUUAAAAACGCUCGAGAAGGAGCAAGGUCUCGAAUCCAAGAAAUCCUAG